GGGAUCCUCAAUGACUUCGACUUAUCAUCAACUCAAGAUAGUCCCUCAGGCCAGGAGCAUACAGGCACAGUACCUUUCAUGGCCAUUGAACUUCUCAUGAAGGAAGCCAUCGAAGGCCAGGUCAAACACCUGUACCAGCAUGAUGCAGAGUCAUUCAUAUGGGUCCUCACUUGGGUCUGU